AUGAAGUUCGGCCAGCAGCUCCGCUCCAGCAUCAUCCGAGAGUACCAAUGGCACUAUAUCGACUACGACGGGCUCAAGGCUGACCUGAAGCGUGCCAGCGGGCCGCUGGUCGCGUCGUCCGACCCUACGAAGCCGCCACGCCGCGAGUGGACCGAGGACGACGAGAGCCGCUUCGUCAGCAAGCUAGAGGCAGAGCUGGACAAGGUACAUGCCAAGCAGCAGGUCAAGGCCAUGGAGAUAUCGCGUCGGAUCGCGGUUAGCGAGCGCGAGGUUCAGGAUGUUGUUGGCCGCUUGCAGGAUCGUGGACCGGGACAGGAGGGACCAUCGGAGGAAGAGUUCAUGCUGCUGGAGGAGGAUCUGAGUGACAUCAUUGCUGAUGUGCAUGAUCUGGCCAAGUUCGUGCAGGUCAACUAUACGGGGUUCUACAAGAUCAUCAAGAAGCAUGACAAGAUGACCGGCUGGCGGCUCAAGCCCGUCUUCGACACCCGGCUCAAGGCCAAACCGUUUUACAAGGAGAACUACGACGCGUCCGUCGUGCGCCUGUCCAAGCUGUACGAUCUGGUGAGGACCCGCGGCAACCCAGCCAAAGGCGACACCGCGGCUGGUGCAUCGCAGGGCAGCUUCAUCCGCCACACGACCAAAUACUGGGUGCACCCAGACAACGUGACCGAGCUCAAGCUCAUCAUCCUCAAGCACCUGCCCGUGCUGGUGUUCAACCCCAGCAAGGAGUUCGAGACGCAAGACACGGCUAUCACAUCCGUCUACUUCGACAACCCGGACACGUGGGAGCUGUACGAGGGCCGCCUGAAGAAGAACGAGGGUGCCGAGGCCAUCCGCCUGCGCUGGUACGGCGGUAUGCAGACCGAGACCAUCUUUGUCGAGCGCAAGACCCACCGCGAGGACUGGACCGGCGAGAAAUCGGUCAAGGCGCGGUUUUCUCUCAAGGAGAAGAACGUGAAUGCCUACCUGCGCGGCGAGUUGUUGCCAAAAGCGAUCUUCGAGAAGGCGAGGAAGGAGGGGAAGAAGUCGGCCAAGGCGAUUGAUGAGGAUGAGAGGCUUGCACGGGAGAUACAGUACUCCAUCCUCAAGCGCGGGUACAAGCCUGUGUGUCGGUCCUUUUACCAUCGGACAGCCUUCCAGCUGCCGGCUGAUGCGCGCGUGCGUAUCUCUCUCGACACUGAGCUGACCAUGAUCCGCGAGGACAAUCUGGACGGUGUUCGUCGGUCCGGGGACAACUGGCGCCGCAUGGACAUCGGUAUCGAUUACCCCUUCUCGCAGCUCCCUCCUGGCGAUAUCGUGCGGUUCCCAUAUGCUAUCCUCGAGGUCAAGCUACAAACCCAGCUAGGCCAAGAACCGCCCGAGUGGGUGCGCCAGUUGACAAGCAGCCACCUCGUCGAGGCAGUGCCCAAGUUUUCCAAAUUCAUCCACGGCGUGGCGACCCUUUUCCCAACCCGCAUCCAUCUCCUCCCCUACUGGAUGCCCCAGAUGGACGUCGACAUCCGCAAGCCGCCCACCCACGACUUUGGCAUCAAGCGCACCGAACAGUCGGCGACGACAUCUAUCUCCGACGACGACGACGAGGAGGAGGAGGAGGACUCGGACAUGGAACAGGAGAAGACAACGCCCCCCCGGGAAGGGGAAACAAGCGCAGCAGCAGCAGCAGCAGCAGCAGGUGCACGCAACGGCCGCGCCCUCCCCGCCGGCGCCGACAUUGAAGACCAAACCAUCGACCGCCCUACUGCCCCCGGCCCAGGCGACGGCACGUACCUGUACGAUUCUGACGACGAGGACCUCUCCGACAGCGACCGGCUCGCUGAGGCGCGGCGCGUCGGGCCCUGGGCCUACUACACCACCCUCGCAUCGACCAAGGCGCGUGCCGCGGGCAGGACGACGCUUCAUGUGCUGAAAUGGUUGGUUCCCCGGCCUAGGUCGACGCCCAUGCCGAGAAAUGCACGGCUGGAAUCGUUGCUUGGGACGGGGGAGAUCCAGACCAGACGGUUCAAGGCGCCUAGGGGGAAGAGGAUACAUGUGCCGGUGAGGGUCGAGCCCAAGGUGUAUUUUGCGGCGGAGAGGACUUUUCUUGGUUGGCUCGAAUACUCCAUCUACAUCUCGACCAUCGCCGUCACCCUCCUCAACUUUGGCUCGCGCGCCAAGGAUGAGACGUCUUCCUCCUCCAUCUCAGUCUCACUUUCUCAUCGGAAGGUAUCGUUCAUUGCGGCAGCUGCGUUCACGGUGCUGGCGAUCUUGUCGCUCAUGUAUGCCGUCGUUGUAUACUUGUACCGGAGUCAGGCUAUCAGGGAGAGGAGGGUCGCACGGUAUUAUGAUAAGUGGGGGCCCAGCGCGCUGUGCUUUGCGUUGUUGGUAGCGGUGGGACUUAAUUUUGGGUUGGAGGGGCGUAAGAGGGGGGUUUGGUGA